AUGGAAUACAAGAUCGGUGAUGUUGUCCCGAGCCAUUUCGAACCCGGCAUCGUCGCCGGAGCCUACAUCGCCAGCAUUUGCGGAUGCCUACUCACCGUGGAGUGGCUGCACAGACGCGUUACCGGCCUGCAGAACAUCAGAAGCUGGCUUGAUACCUUCGCAUGCGCCACGGCCUUGGGCGUUGGCGGCGUCUGGGCAAUGCACUUCAUUGGCAACAGAGCAAUCAUCAUGGACAGCGGCGACGCCACGCUUCAACUCGUCUACGACCCUCGCUUCAGCAUCCUCUCCGUCUUCCUACCCAUCAUCGGCUUGUCCGUCGCCUUCACCGUCGCGGAGUAUCCCUUGCAUUCAAAGACACUGGAGCGGGCUGCUCUGGCCGCUACUGGUAUCUUUGCGGGCUUGUCAGUAGUGGGGAUGCACUACACGGGUAACUUUGGCAUCUACAAUUACCACCUCCACUACCGAGCCCGUUUUUUCGCAGUGUCCAUCAUCAUCGCAAUCGGCGCCUGCCUGGCCGUGCUCACCCUGUUCUACACCGUCAGAGAGAAGUGGAUCAAUUCUUGGGAGAAAAGAGGCUUCUGCGCCGUAUUCUUGGCUGCCGGCGUCACGUCCAUGCACUUCACCGCAGCGACGAAGUGCAUCUACAGGCUGAAAGCCUUCCAUGGGCCUGCUGCACUCCACUCGAGAAAUGUACAAGUGAUUGUUGCAGGGGUCAUCUGCGGAAGUGCAGGUCUAGGUGCCUUGUGCUUUCUGUUAAUCACGCGCCGCCGCACCGCCGUCCUCAAGAGAUGCUCUCAGAAGGUCAUGACAUCGUGUGCCAUCUUCGACGCUGCUGGCCGCAUCCUGGUGACCACGGACGGCGUCCUGCCUUCACGAGAAGUGGCGGAUCAAUUCUACAUGAAGCCGUUCGAUGACGACUUCGACACCACGCACCCGGUGUUUCAAUGGAUCUUCCGCGUAUCCCGCAACUGGUCUGCUAUGAGCGACUUGAUCCCCAAGAUGAGAGGCCAUUUACAGCUGCACAAAAGUGACAGGGGAAUGUGGGAUACUGGAGUUGAUCCCCACGAGGUCAGCGAGCAUAGCCCCGCCCCGGACUACUCGAUCAUCUUUCGCGAGAGGUUCUGCAUCGCUGCCGCCUCACUUGCGUCCGCCCUUCAUGUGCCCCUCGAGAACGUGGGUGUCCUCUACGACACGAUCGUGGACACUGGGACUCUCAAGAGCGAGCAGCCGUUUUGGCGGCGCCGUAGCAUUGCGAACGCCGAGGAGAAUGCAUCGGAUGUGGAGAUGGCUGUCGGAGUCGGGGGCUUUGGCAAAGGCCAUUUGCUCUUUCUCACCAGACGCGUGGAAGAAGCGGACGUUGACAAGUUUCUCAACGCUGGCUUCAAGUUUGCAACACUUCCAAGGAUUGGCCCCACCAUCGCGGACACUCUGCAAAUCACUCUACCCGCACUGGAAAUGCACAUGGCUUCUCUCGUGCGCUUCAACGACAAGUUUUGGGAUCUCCACAAGCCCGGAACGUGGCUCAGCUGCUUCGCACUCAUCCCCAAGUGUGGAACAAAGGGGUUUGAUGUUGCCGUGAGGAGCGACUAUCGCGAUCAACUGCCCGACGUUCAACUGCUACCAUACGAGCCGCUUUCAUGGCAGAUGGAGCUUCUGGGAGCCAUACACGAGGCUACUCCCAGCCACGCCGUGAAACACCUCAAAGGAAUUCGGACCAGCGGCCUUCGAACCGACGAGCAGCGCUUUAGUAUGAUAGUCGCGGACGCAAUUGAACAACUCCUCAAGCAACUCCCGGCGCAAUGCAUGAGCAAUGCGAGGUUCUACGGACAGCCUGUCAACGUGCACUAUUCUCGUGGCCACCAAGCAACGGCGACGACCGUUUUCUCCUUUGUGGCCGUCGCUGACCUUCACACCUCAUUCGACGCAUACCUCAACAUCACCCGCACGCCGUUGUCUUUCUUCAACGUUCGCCACCAAACCUAUGCGGGCUCGCCGCACCAUGCCGCUCUGGCCCGCGACAUCCAUCGUGAAUUCGGCCCGCCCCUUCCCCGUCCCUCACUCAAUCGCCGCUGGACAAGGGACAGCAAAGCCACGGGUUCAUCGCUUCAUACUGCCAGGGAGACCCCCAACAAAGUCAGGAAAGAGCAGUCGACGACGUACACCAUCCAGAGCGCAGACGAUGCUUCAAGCGACCACACCGCCUCAUUCGAAACCUAUGAUCUCGCCGACUACCCCCGCUCCCCGCGUAGCCGCAAGUCCACCGGGCUCAGCCCGUUCAUCGAUCGCGACAAGAAACUGGGCGGCAUUCUCGUGGACAGCGAGACGCUUGUCAGGUCCGACAGCAAGAGCGACUGCGACCGGUCUCUCAGCCUCGACAUGGGGUUUGGCUUGGGCACGACCGUUGCGAUCAGCUCGGGUAACUCGGAGGAGACUUUUGUUGAUCAGCUCCUUGCAUUUGCUCGGGCUACGAUCUUGAAAUCACACGACUUAUGA